UAUUUUGGGUAAAAUUAGACAUAAUAUUUAUUAAUAUCAGUUUUUAUCAAUUUGAAUACCUAUACUACUUUCAUUGACAAAAAAUAAUGUGAAGAAGGAAAUCCGACAAAAUACACAAAUAUUAAGAUUAAAAAAGAUGAAAAAACUCGUCAGCUGAUUACAUUUACCCUCUAAUACUAGGGUAGGAAUGAUGUGAUUAUGGAGUGUAGAGAAGGAGGAACAUCUCUUAUGGACGGUACGUUUAAAAUAUGAUCUGAAUUCUGUAGGGAUAAUACGUGGCGCUGAUUGUACUAUGGGAUUGAGAUCUGAAGUUAGACACUUACUAUAUCUGAAACUAGCUUCAGAUUCUAUAAACUAACGAAAACAGAAUAUUAUGUAGGUGGUGAAAAGAAUUAAACGUUUAAAAAUAUUAAAAAAAUAGUAAAAAAAGAAUACAAAAAAUCAUGGUGAAAACUUGUUGUAUUUCUGGAUGUAUAAGUGGUUCUUUAAAAGAUCGUGGAAUUCGUUCAUCUCAAAAUAUAAAACAAGCAAGUCUCUUUGGAAUACCAAAGGACGCUACGCUGCUAGCACAAUGGUCUUCUAUUUUGAACAUGACUUUAACGAAACAUCAUUGUAUCUGCGAUUAUCAUUUUAAAGAAGAAGAUAUUGUGAAAUCGCGGAAGAUUGAUUAUUCAGGUGGAAUAAUCAAAGAAUAUGAAUUGAAACAAUGGACCCUAUUGCCAAAUGCUGUACCAGUUAACCUACAGCCAAGACAAUAUGAUAUUGAACUUUCAGAAAAUCAAGAAAACCUGCACUAUCAAACGGUUAAAAUAAUAAAUGACGAUAAAUUUUCAAAGAAGCCAACUAUCAAUGUGCAAAAGCAACAGUUGGACAAUUGUAUUAACAUUAGAAAAAAGCCAGCGUCAACAUCAAUCGAAAAGAUCUCACCUUCGCUGAUAAAAAUCCGAAAAAACUGCAAGUUCUGACGAUAAAUAUCCACAAUUUAUUUCACAUAAAACAUCAUUAAAUAGUAUACCUGAUCAACCAGUAGACAAGAUGCAAAUUGCUGUGAACAAUGUAGAGACAAGAUUUGAUGCAGAACAAGUUUUUUUAAAUGAAAUCGAUUCAAACAAU